CGUCACCACGUUCCUCUUCAACCAAUGACGUGGAUAUUCAUUGAGAGGCAGUCAAAGCUGCCAGAUAGACACUUUAACAGAGAUUUUUCUGCGUCUGUUUUCCAAUAUAUGCCCCAAACCGACCAUUUUCUGUCCCUUAGGCGGGAUUAUCGGAUCUAGCUGCGUUGAAACAGACUGCAGGAUGAGUAAAAGCAAAGUGUUAAACCUGAAGGAUAAAAUCAGCGGGAAUGAGGCGGACCUCAGCCUGUGUAACCUCAGCGAAGUGCCCGCCAGAGAGCUGGCGUCAUUUCCUAAAGCAACAGUGGUGGACCUGUCUUGUAACAACAUCAUCUCCCUUCCUCCAGAGUUCUGCAGCCUCACCCAUUUAGUGAAGCUCGACCUGAGUAAGAACCAGCUCACCUGUUUACCAGAUGACCUUGGGAACCUGGUGAAUCUUCAGCACCUGGACCUUUACAACAACAAGCUGACGGUCCUGCCUGUCAGCUUCUCGCAGCUCAGGAACCUGAAGUGGCUCGAUCUGAAGGAUAAUCCUCUGGAGCCCAGCUUGGCCAAAGCAGCUGGAGACUGUCUGGAUGAGAAGCAGUGCAAGCAGUGUGCCUCUAAGGUCCUGCAGCACGUGAGGGCCUUACAGGAGGAGUUUGAUCGAGCGCGAGAGAAGCGCCUUUUAAAGGAAAAAGAGCUGGAGAAGAAGAGGGAAGCGAAGCAGAGGGAGCGGGAGGCCAGAGAGAGGGAAGCUCGUAAACGGGAGAAGGCAGAGGAGAAGGAGAGGAGGAGGAAGGAGUACAACGCUCAGAUGGCAGCUCUGGCUGCCAAGGAGCAGCAGAAGAAGAAGAGUGAGGAGAAGAAGAAGAAGAACGGCCAGGCAGCAGAUAAAAAGGUGGAUGUGAAGCCAGCAGCUAAACCGCAGCGUUCUCUCAUUGGCCUGAUCUUUAAGCUCCUCCUUCUGCUGACGCUGGGAUUGGCUGGAGCCGCCGCCGCCUGCCAGCUGACCGACCUGCAGAAGGAAGACGUCUGCGUAGCGAUCAACGCUGCCGUAGACGACUGUUUAAGUUGGGCCAAAGUGCAGGAGGGCGUGGCCAGACAGCUGCUGUACAACCUGUCGUCUGCUGCCAAGGACCUUCUGGAGUCCACGCAAACAUCAAAGAACUGAAUGCUUCCCUCAGAGAUGAGAGGUGCAGAGGUUUCCACGCCAUCCCGGCAUCUCUGGGAGCUUUUUUUAAAAACGUGCAGAAGUCAUUUUCCUGUCUGUGUCUCUGGAAGGGAGAGAUUUAUUCCUAUGGAAUCACUGUCGCUCUGCAUCCUUUCUAUGGCCUGUCAUCUUUUUACAGCCAUCAAAUAUCUCCCUGGCGACGGAGUUUUGCUCUUUGAGCGGCAGGCGGCUGCACUGGAGUGUUUCAGUGGAGUGGAGGAGUCCGAGGUCCGGAGCUGCAGGUCAGAUGGCGAGCAGUGCCUCCUCCAUCCGGGUCACCGUUGCUGCCAAAGUUCGCAAACAGAAUCCAGCUGAUCAACAGUCAUUUUUACUACAUGACAAAUAAAACGGAAAGAAUUUUGCCAAAGAUUCCAAA